ACAUUUCUAAAUGUCUAACCUUUUAUUUUGGUCAACAAAAUAUCGUUGUAUUUGUGUGCUAUCUUUUCUUGACUAGCUAUCUGGGAUUGUUUGACAAAAGCACAUGCAAGAUUGAUCAUUAGAAUAGCGUUUUAAUGGUUGAUGGCGUGCUUCUAGUAAUGUAUGCAGAAAAUUUCAAUGCCUGUAAUGUCUGCAUUGUUCUGAUCAAUGAUAGUACCUGUUACACAAUGACUAAUUAAAGUCACGGGAUACAUUUCGUGAACAAACUGCCAUGAGUGUGGAGUCCUAUCUAAACUAUAUCUUAUCAAAUGGCUCACUGCUGCUUCUAUUGACAGAAUGGGGAAGUCACAAAUUUAGUAAUAUUGUUUCUUGGAAACAUUUCUGAUCUACAGGACUACAGGACUACAGGACUACCUGUUUGACAGAAGCCUAUAUGUACAUCUCAUCUGGGCCUGUCUAGACACAGGUUUCGACAACACGUAGGGAAAGCAAAAAGCAACAGAACAACAUUUCAACCAAUAAAACUUAACAAAUUAUGGCUUCACAACAUCACGUGAAUGAACUAGAAGAUGAUGAACCUAUGAGACCAAUGAUUGACGAAAGUCUAGAUUUGAGUCAUACUUACGGUGACAAUGAAUGUCAAGAGUCAGUUGGUGGGGCGGAAGCCGAUUUAAAUAAACUUUACGAUAAAUGUGUUAAGAAUCCAGGUCACACUAACUUUAUCCCAGUUAAAGAAUUCACCCAGCAACAUCUGCCAGAAGCUUAUCGUAACAAUGAUUUGUUUGAAUUGAUCAAAACUAUAGCAGAUCUGACAGUUCGAAUAGGGUCUCAAAUGGUGAGUCCUCACAGACCAAAGUUUUGGCCUAACACUAAAAUUAACUAUCCUUUCUAUGGCAGAGGAGGGGAUCAAAGCACGAGAUCCGGAAGUGGGGAGAUGGAUGUGUUCAGGUACAAAGAGGGAUUAGGAUAUGAUCCAAGCGGAAGCAGAUUUAAUGCCUUUUCUGAAACUCAAUUUGAUGUGGAGAACAAAACUUGCCCUUGUGAUAAAUGUCGAGACUCAGAUAAACCGAACUCUGUGUGGUGGGUGAUAAUAGUCAACACAGCUGCCCACGUUGUCUUUGAUGAUGUCGAGGCUGAACAUACAUCGUGUCGUUUGUUUUUCGAUGAGCCGAGGUGUCCAACAAAGGUCAUCCUUGAGAAACUGACCGUUGAUGUGAUUGACUUGGACAGAGACAGCUGUACUUUGAAGCACGUGACUUGUGACGAGGCACUAGGCAGUAGACUGUACAAGACCGCGACACGCAGGAACGAUCUGUGGAAUAAAGUUCUGAGAAAGUAUCAACUGAGACUAGCUGACAAAUUAAAUUUCAUUGUUUCUCAUCCCCAUGGAUGUUUUAAACAGGUCAGCAUUGGCCAGUGGGUGGAGAAUCUCAAAGUUGGCGAGUAUGAAGAUGGCAUCGAGAUCACCAAGUUGACCUACACAACAAGUACUUGCCCGGGGAGUAGCGGCGCCAAGGUCUACUGCCUGGGGCUUGCAAUAGGUCAUGUACACAACGGAGUCCUCAAGUCCGGCCUUAAUUACAGCAGCAUCGAUCUGUAUCGCAGGUUCUAACAGCACGAUAAAAACACUCAGAUUAAAAAAUACUCAGAUUAAAAAACACUCAGAUUAAAAAACACUCAGAUUAAAAAACACUCAGAUUAAAAAACACUCAGAUUAAAAAACACUCAGAUUAAAAAACACUCAGACUAAAAAAACACUCAGAUUAAAAAACACUCAGAUUAAAAAACACUCAGAUUAAAAAACAAAUGUCAUUUGGUCUUUUUGAUGUUUAUCCCCUUUUUAUUUUGUACACUUAAAAGUUAGGUAUUUAUAGUUUGUCCGCCAUAUAUGAAAAGCUCCAAUACAGUAACGCAUAUGUAUGUGCUUUCCUUUUUACUUUGGCGUCAGAAAUAAUACUUUUAAAAUAAUAUUUUGUUAUAAAAUAACCGUCCAUCUACUUUUGGACAAAGUCAGUUUGAUCUAUCUUCUCUAGUGUUUGUUUUUAUUUCAUGCUAAUACCAAUUAAAAUAUAUGUUUUAUC